AUGAGAAUCCAACCGAUCGAUUCGCAAGUAUACAGAGAGUCGUCCAUACGGAACGACACCGGGAAGCCACCUGUGUUUAAGUCGAGACUAAAGAGACUUUUCGAUCGGCCUUUUAACAGUGUUAGGAUUUCGCUGACCGAGAAGCCAGCCGCCGGUGGUGAAGCCACAGUGCCGGAGUUUGAGCCGAGCUCAGUUUUGCUGGACAAAAUGGUUCAGAAUUUCAUUGAAGAUACCCAAGAGAAGCAAUCAGUGGCGACGUUUGCCAAGUAUGGCCGCAACCGCUGCAAUUGCUUCAACGGAAACAGCAAUGACAGCUCCGACGACGAAUUUGAUUCUUUCUUUGACUCCACAACAAACUCUUCCUUCAACGACCCUUCUGAUACGCUCAAGAGUUUGGUACCUUGUGCGAGUGUUGUGGAGAGAAAUCUGCUAGCCGACCUUUCGAAAAUGGUGGAAAAGAACAAGACUUGUAAGCGCAAAGACGGUUUGAGGAAAAUAGUCACCGAUGGUCUUGUUGCUCUUGGUUACGACGCCUCCAUUUGCAAAUCCAAAUGGGAAAAAUCUUCCUCCAUUCCAGCUGGCGAGUAUGUGUAUAUUGAUGUGAUAGCGGAAGGAGAGAGGCUGAUAAUCGACAUAGAUUUAAGAUCGGAGUUCGAAAUAGCUCGAUCAACAAGCAGUUACAAGGUGAUUCUACAGUCUCUACCAAAUAUUUUCGUUGGUAAACCCGAUCGGCUUCUCCAAAUUGUUUCAAUAGUGUCGGAGGCCGCCCGGCAAAGCCUUAAGAGGAAAGGAAUGCAUAUCGCGCCGUGGCGUAGAACCGAAUACAUUAAAUCCAAAUGGUUCAGCCCUUACACACGAAUUCAGCAGAGACUCCUCCCAAACGAUGUCGUUGAGAUGCCGACCGAUGCAGGAUCUAAAUACGAACCGGGGGAAGAGGGUGUCAACGAUGAGGCGGAGGCUACGGAGGAGGUUUUGGAAGGUGAGUUUGGGGAACUGGAUUUGAUUUUUGGGGAGUCUGAUUUCGAGGAACCCAAAUUGCCUUCAACUCCAGCAAAAGUUUCCGGCGAGGGGCAGAAGAUAUAUUGCCAGCCGGUGAUGACGUGGCAGAUUCCGGCAGUGAAACCCAAGAUUUCCGACGCCGGAAACAAGGUGGUGGUCACCGGAUUAGCUUCACUUCUUAAAGAAUAA